AGAGAGAGAGAGCAUGUAUGUAAAAGAGUAAGCUAGUGUCUCGUAUAACUCACUGUAAAGAAAACUUCUAAAAUCUCGCGUUAACUAGGCGAGAGUUACGAGUGGUGCAGUGAACCAUCAAACACAGCACUGCUUCCGUCAUCGCCGCUAUGUGCCUGACUGAAAACAUUGUAGUUGUUGUUUGUCUUACAUGCUGUUAACAUCGAUAGUUAUACUACAAUUGUUGUCAGACAGACGAGCUUGUAAGUCACAUGUCUCACCGAGAAGCACAUUACUGUUUAUCUUAUGAUAAAUCUUCCUCAUUUAACUUGUUAAAUGAGUAAAGUUUUCCCUUUUUCCCUACACCUUCUCAUCUUUCCUGUCGCUUCAUCCCCUCCAUCUCUCUUCAUCUGUAUAUAAUAUAUGAUGAUCACUCGGUCUCGGUCACUUUUUUCUGUUAUUUUGUAUCGAUGUCAUAUUAACUUGUAAACCCCAAAACUGCAGGCUGUGAUAUAUAUAAGCAAGCAACCACUUCGGAGACUGUUGUUUAAAACUGAAAAGAGGUGUGAGGAAAAGUAGAAAAAAAAAAAAAAAGAACUGGGAAAACAUUAGAUGGAUUCUGUCCGUCAGCGUCGUCUUGCGGACACCGACUUUUUGUCGACACCAUCUCGUCCCGAUACAAAGACCAGCAACAACGAUGCCUCUUCAAUAUCGUCUCAAAAAAUCUCAAAGCAAAACCAACUCAAAAACAUUCCUGGCAGCGUAUUAUGGACUGUUGUAGUUGUCUUUCACGUCAGUCUGUUUUUGUUUGUUAUUCAUCGUACAGCUACUUUACCUCUGCCCAAAAAAACGUCUAGCAGCCAGAACGAUGUAUUCGAGGAGGAGACUGCUCGCAAACACCUGGAUGCUAUUACCGGUUUUGGCCAGCGGCCCGUGGGAAGCUACGCUAACGAGAACCUGGUCAAACGUUACAUCCUGAACGAACUGCAAAAGAUCCAGCAGCAGUCUUUGACCAAUCUCCAUACUAUACAAAUUGACGAGCAAAAUGUUAGCGGUCAGUUUUCUUUGCACCUGAAAAGCAACUUUCUCACUGUCUACAGAAACAUCAAGAAUAUCGUGGCGAAACUUGACCCAGUCUCCGAGUUCAAGGAUGCGAGUAAACACAGUGUUUUGGUCAACUGUCAUUAUGACAGUGUUGUUGGGAGUCCUGGUGCUGGUGAUGAUGCUUCUAGUUGUGCUGUGAUGCUUGAGGUCUUACGUUCUAUGUCCCAGAGGAGCACACCUUUGCGGCAUAGUGUAAUCUUCCUUUUUAACAGCGCCGAAGAGAAUAUGUUGCAGGCUAGCCAUGGAUUCAUCACACAGCAUCGAUGGGCAAAAACAAUCCGUGCCUUUGUCAACCUGGAUGCAGCUGGAGCUGGUGGAUGGGAGAUAGUAUUUCAAGCUGGUCCGCAGCACCCAUGGUUAAUCCAAGCAUAUGCAAAAUCAGUAAAAUAUCCCUUUGCUUCAAUCCUGGGGCAAGAAAUCUUUCAAGGAGGAUUUGUUCCUUCUGAUACAGAUUAUCAAAUUUUUCAAAAAUUUGGAAACAUUCCAGGUUUGGACAUAGCCUAUGUUACCAAUGGUUACGUUUACCAUACCAAGAAUGACCGAACAGAAUUCAUUCAGCCUGGUUGCAUACAGAGAGGUGGUGAAAAUUUGAAAGACCUGUUGGAAACAAUAGCCUCCACACCAAAACUAGCUGACCCAGGUGCUGAUCGUCAUGGCAACAUGGUAUUUUAUGAUGUGCUGGGUUUUUAUAUGUUUGCUUACCCUAAACGUAUAGCAGCAAUCCUGAACAUUGUCAUUGUAGUGUGCAGUCUGUUACUUAUUGCUAAACGUAAUCUUCACUAUGGCAACAGUUCUAAAGGUAAAUCAUCAUGGAAGUCUUUGUUAAAGUUAUUUGUGGCAGUUUUGGGACUAUUUGUUAUGUGGAUCUCUAUAGUGGCCACCAUGCUGGCAUCUGCUUUUGUGCUUGACAAAUCUGAACAUGCCAUGUCUUGGUACAACCAUUCCACCAACAUCAUCUGGGUGUUUGUUAUUCCGGCUUUAAUGGUGGCGCUGUUUGUAUUGCUUUGUACAAAGCACUUUCUCUAUAAAAAUGAAAGCCUCUUCACCUUGGAACAGUUAUACUAUGAUGCCAACGUUGUGAUAUGGUCCAGUCUAUUGGCAUUACUUACCUACUACAAUGUUGGUUCAGCUUAUCUUCUCUCAGCUUGGUUGCUGUUCUCACUUCUCUUUAGACUGUUCAGACCCUACAUCAAAGGUCAUAUACUGCGUCUGUUGGCUGGUCACUUCGUAGCACUCUGUCUGCCCACUCUCUUGACACUCUACAUGUCUCAUCUAUCACUACUGUUCUUUCUUCCCAUUAUGGGUCGUGUUGGCUCCUUCAUUGUUCCUGAUGCUGCUGUUGGUGUCAUGAUUGCUCUCCCCAUCAUUGUUAUCUCUGGAUUCAGUGCUAAUAUAUGGAUAGUCAGCAGUGGCCUGAAGAAAUUAGUUGGCAUUUUAUCUGUAAUCACUCUUAUUGGCUUUGCGGUGGUAUUAUUCACUGACUAUGGCUUCCCCUACAGCCUUGAUGACAAGAAACCAGCUUAUCAACGUCUGAUUAUGAAACAUAUUCGAAGACGAUUUCAUGAUGCGCAAGGCAAUGUAAGUCACACAGAUUCUGGUAUAUGGUUUAUAUCACUGGAUCACAAUGGUUUAAAAGGAGUUCGUGAAGCACAGCCAGAAGCUUUCAAAAGCAGUGUAAAGAUGAAAUGUGAAGGACCUUAUUGUGGCUGGCCAUAUUAUUACCCAAUGCUCUGGAUUAUUGAUCUCAGGAAAUCCGCCUACAUCUUGCUCGACACAGAAUUGCGUUCCCCUUCGGUUGAAGUUAAAUUGGAAAAUCGAAAAAAACUUUCUGCUAAGGAGGUGGAACUAACAUUCUCAGUUAUAGGUCCAGAUCAUAUGACCAUAUUUGUGAUGCCGCAUCAAGAAACAUCUCUUGUUUCAUGGUCUUUGAGUGAAAAAUCACCACCGUUGGCCAAAGUCCCUGAAUAUGCUGACCAAAGAGUUUAUUUCAUUUAUUACUCCCAUGCUGAAAAGCCUGCUGAGGCUUGGUCAUUCAGUAUGAUUUUUACUGUUCCAGAAGAUUGGCAGGACGACGCAACAGUCACAGAUAUUGCAUUUGCUGGUCACUACAUGCAUGGUGGAUUGAAGGAAACGCCAGAAAUGUCUGCAUUAGAGAAGAAGUUACCCAAGUGGGUCACUUCAGUUUCGUGGACAGCUACAUAUGAUAGCUGGAAGUUUUGAUAAUGUCCAACAUGUUAGAAGAAUGCAAAGCGAGAGAGAGAGAGAGAGAGAGGAGGAAAGAAGGACAGAAAGGAAGAAGACAGAGAGACAGAAAGAAAGAGAGAUGGAGAGAGUGAGUGAUGAAAUCAAUUUCCAAUAUUCAUUCCUUUUGAUAGCUAUAAUGUUAAAAAUAUUUUACAAGUAUUUUAUAAGACGUGAGAAAAAACUGAAAUGCAGUUUAACCCCAACCCCGCCAAAAAAAAAAAAAACGUGUAAAGGAAAUUUAGUUUUUUUGAAGGAAAGAGAGAAAGAAAACGAUUAUACAUUUUUUAUUUUUAAUAAUUAAAAACAAAAUCAACAAUAUAUUGAACUGAAGCCUAGGGAUGAGCUUCUUGGAAUUUUUUAAAGCCUGUGCAUGUGUGUAUGUGUGUGCAUGUAUGUGUAUGUGUUUUCAGCACAACUAGUGCAGUUUUUAGUCAUGAGAAUGAGUUCCACUGCGAGACAUCCUGCACAAGUGUCUUCUAGUUGGUCCAAGCUUUGUGUAUUAAAUUUGGGUUGUUGUGUAGUGCCUGAUCAGCUCAGAUUGAGCAGUUCUCUUGCAUGCAGGUAGCCAGCCAAAUAAUUUGAUGUAACCAACAGACCUGUUGUUGUGGACAUUCACACUUCCUUUUCUACCUACCUAGCUGAGAACCAUACUGCACAUUCCAACAUUAAAACUAGAUAGAAAGAAUCUGUGUUGAAGCUUGUUGCAUCGACUGUACUUGUAAUUUAAAGGUAGUCUCAGUGCUAUGUUGGUCCCAUCCAAAUAUUAAAAAUACAAAUGUCUGUGAAAUUCUCAGCUGCUUACACUGUAAUGCAAUGAGUAGUUAAAUUCCAUUGAUCGCACAGCUGGAACAUACACUGUCAAAACUGACAUGAGACCCAUGACUGUGUGUGUGUGUGUGUAACUGAUUGAGGGAAUAUCUUGAUAUAGUCUUAAUGUUUGCUUGUUCCAAAUUUACAUUUAAUUUACAAGAUGAGUAUAAAAGUUUAUAAUUUUUGAUAUUUUGGAGUUGAGAAAUGUAUUUUCCAAAACUACUAUUUGGGAUUUGUAUUUUACCAAAAUUUUUUUAAUGAAAUUUAUUUCUAUGGGUUGGCAGGAUAAAUAGACUGAAUGGUUAAUAAUAUUGUGGAAAAAAAAACUAACUAAAAACAAAAACAACAAAGACAAAAAAAAUGCAGUAUUAGACUUGUUCCUGAAUGAACUUUGUGCAAUGGAUGAUUUAAUCAAUUAUUCCCCUCACCCUACAAAUUGUGUUAAAGAUGUCUACCUACCUCUAUAUAGCCAGACCCAAUUAGUUUUUAUUUAAAUUGGCUAAGUGAAAGUUCAUAGUUGUAUGGAGGAAUGUUUCUACAUCUUUUUGUAGUCCUUGUUGAAGUCUUCUUUUUGUGGUUGAGUGAAUUGUCUUCUUAGUAGUUGAGCCUUUGCAGUGGAUCUUUGUUUCUUUCUUCUUUCUCCUCUUCUCUUUAACUAACCAUUUGUUUCUAGCAUAUACACUUAUGAUGCUGUAACUUACAAGUUAGGGCUUCACAAGGGCUGUAUGUUCAUUAUGGUUGUAUUUAAAGCAUAUGAGCAUGAUAAUAAUAAAUAAGUGAUUCAGGGCUGGUUUUCUUCUCAUUUGUCUAGUCACUAUUUUUAAGAUACAAAGACGCAGCGAAGUCAUAUCAACUUUCCCACCAAAGUUGACUAUACAAUCAUCAUCUUCAUCUGAUAAUUACAGGAGUUGCUUUGAAGGGAGAUAAGUGAUAAGAGAGCAAUGGCUGGCAGCACCAAGGGAGAUAAAUCUACAACGGCUUAAAGCUGCGGUUUUCAAGCGACUUUUAUCUAUGGACCCCUAUGAUUCCUAUUUUACUUGGGGCUGGGAACCCUCAUUGCCAUUCGAUGUCUAAAAACUGCUAUUAUAUUUUUAUGAUUAAAUAUUAUUAGGAAUUGUAUGAAAAAAGUGUUUAAAUAUUUUGUCUAUUGUACAAGUAUGACCAGUUUAUUGCACAAAUUUUAACAAUAAAAUCUUAUAUGAACCCCCAAGGGCCGUAUGGAUCCCUGUUGAAAACCACUGGCCUUAAAGUUGACAUGGUUUGAUUCUCUGUUAGAAUGCUUCCGCUUUCAGUUAUGUUGCUCUUGUGAAAAGCACAAAAAUCCAGAGAAAGACUUUCUCAUUCCUGUGCCCACUUCUCAAGGUCUCUCCCACCUGUAAAUGACCACUGCUAUGAUUAUUGCGUAUUUAUGCAGUUGCUUGACCUGCUACAAAGAGUAGCCAUUCUCAUUCAUUUCACGCCCUACUGUUUUAAAAGAAGAUAAUUCUGGACAAUGUAGUCCUUAUGUAUCUGAUAUACAAAAAAUGGUUUUGAUGGUCAUGACUAAAAUGCCUUUGAACCAUAGGUUUGCUUGACAAAGGUUUACUUGAGAGGUUAAACAGUAACUUCAUCAACAACAAAUGCUGACUGUUACUAUCAUUAAUUCGUCCAUAUGAACAUAAACAAAAUCCUCGUAUGUUUUUCUUUACCUCAUCCAACUAUAGUUGCCCCAUUAACCACAACUUACUGAAUUAGUAAGAGAGCUUUUACACAGUCACUCGACCUGUUAGAAAUAGCAGCCCAAUACCUCUCAAAUUAUACACUAUUGUUUCAAAAGGAAGAGACAGAUUAAAUGAGUUCUAGAUAUUACUAAAAAGAUGGCAUGGUCAUGGUUGGAAUGACUUUGAUCAUAAAUCUGCUCAAUGAGAGUUGAUUUUUGUAUGUAUAUUAAACAGCAUGCUAAUGGAAUUGGCAAGGUGUUUUGGUUAUCUGUAAGUUUGUUAAGCAUGGUUAGUGCAUAAUAUUGGAUAAAUUCAUAUGCUAUGGGGUGAUGAGUGUCUUGGUUUUUUUUUUGUACUAAGUUCUUCAUUGGAGAUAGAAAAAUGUUUUGACCUCAUCACAUAUGGACUGACUCAAAUUGCUUGAAUUUAACUAAAUAUUUACCAACCUGGACCACCACUAGUUCCAUCGGGCUUUCUUUUAUAUAUAUAUAUAUAUAUAUAUAUAUAUAUCGCUUAGGUAUUGUGAUACUAACUUGCUGUAGAACUCAAUGUACAUAUGUUUCUGAAUGAAACGUUAGUUAAAUACAGAGUGAUAAUAAGAAAAGAGAUGACAAAGGAGUAAACAAUUAUUGUAUGAGCUUAGUUUCAGCAGAGCUUCAAAUAUAUGGAAACAGUCAUAAGCUAAUGAAGUUCAUAUAUAUAUAAGUAUAUGUAUGUAUGUGUGAGUGUUCAUAGUUAAGCUGCUUCAAAGUAUAUCACAGAUAAUUAUAAAUGUUAUCUGGAUGGUGAAACUUCCCUACACUAGUCCUACUUUGUGCUACCUAACUCCCUGAAUUAAAAAUUUUAUUCAAUUUGAUGGAACAGUUGCUGUCAUGGACUCUUAAUUAACCACUGUAUUGUUGUUCAAUAUUUUUUACUAAUUCCAACUGUAGUGGUUCAAGUGACUAUAGAUUUUGAGUGUAUAAUUCUAGACUGCUGUCUGUCAGUAGGCUGCCUGUUAUGUAUUAGUAGAACUUGUGACAACUAUUGGUUACAUGAAGUUUACCACCCUCUGAGGUGGUUAAAGUAAAAGGGAAAGAGAGAAAAAAACAAAAUAAAAACCUUAAAAUCAAAUAUUGGUGAAUAUUGGUGUAAUGAACACUGAUAAAAUUCUGUUUUUGUAUAAAGUCUGUUAAAAGAUUUGUUUUAAUUAUGUUCCAUUUUUCCAUUUUUUUUUCAAUAAAUUUCAAUUUCUAUC